CGUUUUUCAUUCGAAUUCGAAGAUGAGUAUGUGUUAGUGCGUUGCUGUCGAACGCGAGCGCACUGUUGCUGUUUAUUCAUACUGUAAGUCUGUCGGUGAGACGGUGACAUUGACAAUUUAUUCGUUUUGCACAACAGAGAAUAUCGCAAUGGCAGCUGAGUUCGUGAGUGAGACAAUUGCCAAAGAUAAGGUUGUUAUUUUUUCGAAAACCUACUGUCCAUACUGCACAAUGGCCAAAGAGCAAUUCCAAAAGUUGAAGCAAGAGUUCACUGCCAUUGAAUUGGAGAACCGCGACGAUUGCAAUGAGAUUCAAGCGGCUUUGGGUCAAAUCACCGGAGGAACAACGGUACCUCGCGUGUUUGUCAAAGGCAAAUUCAUCGGUGGCGGUACUGAUGUGAAGAAACUCAACGAGUCUGGUGAAUUGAAAAAGCUAUUGGAAUAAUAAAAAUCAACACUCCAUGCACGACAAUAAUGUAAUAAUUUAUGUGAAUUCUUUUAAGCAUUCAUCGCCGAUGUCAUAUAUUAUUCCUUCACAUUCACUUCCGCUAUUGUAAAUCGAAUAAAAUGGCACAUAAUUCAAAAAAAAA